UUGGACCACCGACCGAUCCCAAAGCAAACCCCACGCAACAUGGUCCAGCCCGCCAAUACCACUGGGGCGCCGCAGUCCCUCUUCGGGGGCGGAGCGCCGACCGCGCCAACCCCCGGGACCCCACAAGGAGCCUCGAUCGGCGCCGGCGCCAGCCCAAGCCCAGGGCCAGGCACCGGCACCGGGACACUGACAGCGUCUUCGACUCCCUCGCUGCUCAGCCAGACCAGCGCUCCGGGCUCGGCCACAUCGUCCAACAACACUUUCGUCAUGAGCAACUCGCCCGUCAAGAGUCGUGGUCUACCUGAUGGAUAUAGGCCUAAAGUGACUCGAACUCUUGGCAACAGGCCGGCCUGUCUGGUGAACGCCUCGGUGACAUACUGCGGGAACAACCAAAUUUAUGCCUUUGGCGGCUUCGAUCAGUACACCGAUGAGGUCUAUAAUCACGUCUUGAGGCUGGAUCUUGUGAGCCUUCAGUGGUCCCUCGUUGACAACUAUGGCGACAUCCCCGGUGUUCGUAUGGGACAUACUGCUACACUAUACAAGGGUGACAGGUUACUGGUAUUCGGAGGCGAGAACGAGCAUCGUACAUAUCUUUCAGAUUUGAUAAUAUUCGAUUUGAAGACGGCUCACUGGACGCAGCCUCAAUGCAGCGGUCCCAUACCCCGAGGGCGCGCCAGGCAUGCCGCCAUUCUACAUGAGGACAAGCUCUUCAUUGUUGGGGGCAUCACUGGUCACGAUAAUCACGUAUUGGAUGAUGUUUGCUUCCUAGACCUCAAAACCUUUACGUGGUCGAGAUCGUGGCGUUUUGUUUCACGAUUCGACCACAGCGCAUCGAUAUGGAAUGAUAGAGUUUGGGUUUAUGGUGGGCUGAGUGAGGAGAUGAACAGGACCAGCGAACUCUGGUGGCUUGAUCUCAAGGGAAGCCCUGCUUUCGAAACGCCGCCUCAGGUCGGCACAUUCGACCGAGCCUCGCUGGCCAGUCGAGUCAGCCACUCCGCGCGGCCAGCAUCCUACUCCCCACUGGUGCAGUCCCCAAUAGUCGGGACUUCAGGCUAUGCUGCCAAUUCUAGGACAGCACAAGUUAAUCCUCCUUCAUUCCAGCUCAAGUCUUUCGCUCCGAUAGCCCCCGGCACAAUCUCAUCCAUCAAGUUCCAUUCGGGGCCUAUUGUUCCUGAACAAGGCACCGGCUACCAUUUCCACGUCUAUUCUUCGGGAACUCUGCUUGACUUUUUGACUCCAACCACAUCAUCAUCAUCCAAGGACUGCUCGCUCUCAGCGCUGGACCUCAACUCGUUACGGUGGCAGAGGCUUGCGGAGGGUAGGGAGAUCUUCAAGAGCGGCUAUCGCUGGCACUACUGUACCCUCAGCGAAGAUGGCACAAAGGCCUGGCUUUUGGGAUGCCCGUCUGAGCAGAGUGCUCUCGAUCUGGGCGCAAAUGGUCUCGAAGAGUACCUGAGUGACAUUAUGGAAGUUGAUCUGCGCCGGUACGGAUUUCUGGGCAACAAUAUGGCCCCCGAGCCGCGGGCUGAGUUGCUACGCCCCUCGUCGAGGAUCCGCAUCGUUGAGCAGCCGUCAAGAGGUCUUGGCGCAGAUCUGGCCACUUUGUUCAACGUUCCUCCCGAGGCCGGAAGCGGCACUGAUUUUGUGGUCACAGCCCUUGCCGAUGAUUGUGAAGAUGAGAGCAUGGUUGGAUCCGCAUUGGUGCAGCCUAGCGAUUCCUCGUCUGUCGGUGGUGCAGACUCGUGGCUCUCGCCUGACGCUCCAACAUCACCGCCCAUACAUGUGCACCGGCUUAUUCUACAAGCUCGCUGGCCACACUUUCGCCGUCUCUGGGCCUCGCAGAUGGCCGAGUUUCAUACUCGCAAAAUGCACAUCCCCGAGCCAUACAGUGUGGUCAAGGCGUUCCUAUAUUACCUUUACACUGACCGCAUAGAUCCCUCGAUUGAAGAUGAGGGGGCUGAUUCGGGAACAACAACGGACCUGUCCGACAUUGCCGGGCUGCUCGUCAUGAGCAACAUAUACGGCAUCCCGCACCUGCGGCUGUUGUGCGUCAACCGGCUCGCCAAGGAGUUGGAUGUUGACCAUGCGUGUAUCAUCUGGUACCGCGCUGGGCUGGCUGACGAGGAGUGGCUCCGCAAGCGUGCUGCGGCUUACUGCCUGACUCACUGGGGCAGGAUUGUGCGGACCUCGGGCUUCCUGCGGCUCCCGAGGAGUGCCUUGGUCGAGCUGUCGCAAGAGAUCGAUAUGGAGGGUCGCGUGAUUGGGGGUGAGGAACUCGACAUGUUCGUCGGCUCCACCAUGGCCACUGAUAGCUCCGGGGCUCUAGCCAGACGCAAGGAGAGUAUGAGCAGCCAGCCGAGUCAAAUGAUCGAGUCGGAGGUCGAUGACGACGAUGGAAUGGAACUCAACUAA